AUGCACCUGCUCGACCUCUCCACCGGUAGGCGCGCGCCUCUGCCCCCCGUCGCGGCGCUCCCCCUCGCCGACCGCGUCGAAAGGACCCCUGCCGGCCUCACUGUCCACCUCAAACGCGACCCACGGGUGUACUCUAUCGACGGCCUGAUCCACCGCGAGGACACCCUGAUCCGCAAGGCCGUCCCGGUGCCCACGCCCGGCGGCGGGGCGAUGGUGAUCGUCAUCUACUACCCAGAGGGCCAUCGCCACCAGUGGGCCACCGCUCGUCCCGGCGACAGCGCCUGGAAAUCCGUGAAGCCGAGCAGCAUCCCCGCCGUGGUGGACCUGGCGCUCCACCGCGGCCAGCUCUACGCCAACACCCUCUUCGGGAUGGUGUACGUCUACCCGGAGCUGCACGGGCUGGGCUCCGCGUCCCCGGAUAUCAUCCCGUCCAUGACUCGGAGGCCUACCUCGGGCUUGAAGAGCAGCUUACUCGUGCAGACCCCGGGAGGCGGCGCGCUGAUGCAGGUGGAGUUCGUCCGCCCCGCGGUGGAUGGCGAGGGCGGGGAGUUCGUGGUUCGCGUGCUGGACGAGUGCGGCGGGACGUGGGAGGAGGAGGAGGACAUCGGCGACGUGGCGGUGCUCGUGGACGCGUCGGGCGCGGUGGCCGUGUCCACGAGGGAGUGCCCCGGGCUGAGGCCCAGCACCAUCUACUACGCGGACCUCUACGGUGGUGAGACACGGGUUCGGGCGUACAGCCUCGCCGGCAAGCACAAGAAGGUCGAGGUCGUCGAGUCCCUCCCCAGGGCGGAGGGAAACAACCGGCCGUGCUUCUGGUUCACGCCGGUCUAUUCACAGUGA